AUGAUCAUCUCGUUGGAAGCUGAUGGACUUGGCAGAUACGUCGUUGCCGUCGUUGGCGGCAGCUUCUUGCUCAACAUGUACCUCACCAUCAAUGUGGUGACUGCUCGCAAGAAGUUCAAGGUCGAGUACCCUCUCCUCUAUGCUCCUGCAGGCCAUAAGCACGAGGAAGCGUUCAACUGCGUCCAGCGUGCUCAUCAGAACACCCUCGAGUCCUUCCCCAUGGUCAUGAUGCAGAUGCUUCUGUGCGGAUUGAAGUAUCCCUUGACUUCUGCUGUCUGCGGAGGAAUCUGGGUGGUUGGUCGCUUCCUGUACGGCUACGGUUACGCCAACAACGGGCCUAAGGGGAGGAUGGUGGGAGGCAUCUUCUCCCACUUGGGUGACUUCCCUCUCGCCAUCAUGACCUUCAAGGUGGCCUACGAGAUGAUCGCUGCUGGCAAGUGA